CCUGUCCAGUGGGACCACAUUACUCACAUAGUGUACGUCAACUAAAGAAAUGUACACCCUUUUUUAAAUGAGCGCUACCUUUUUUUUUGGAAGGGAAGUCGGAACAAGAACAGACUUGGGCGCGUCAAGUCCGCAGGCGAAAUAUUGUGCAACUCCUCUCCAAUUCGACGCCGUACUUUGUGGCUUCGCAAACUUUCAAGAUGGACGAUGGCGCCCGGUUUGGUUUCUCUUUCCUUUUCCAAAGUGUCCGCCGCUCAAGUGUGAAGCCUCGUCGCCUACCGGGCCUGGGUUGUAUCUUACUUUCAUUGGAAUGACGGGCGAAGAAAAAGAAAGAAGUCGGGAGGAUUUGUUCGAGGCACAUAUUUUGACAUCAUGUUUGAAAGGGGAGCUUUCUGAUGGACACACCACGACGUUUAAUACGCCUGGAAAUGGAAAGGGGAAGGAUUCGGACUUUAGGUGUUUUAAUACCAGUGUCUGAAAAUUCGGAUGAUUUCAAUAACAAGAUUUUGGCUCCAAUCCAAAGUGCGUACUUGUACGAAGAGUCAAAGGUUGAUUUCAAAUAUCACUCUGCUCUCAUCUUUAGGAAUCCAGCGUUGGAAAAAAAGUAUGCUGCCUUUCGGGCGAAGAAAAAACAAGCAGGGUAUACGGAAGAGGAUCUGGAGGAGACGUAUGGCUUCAUGCUGUUUGACGACAUCGACAAGGCUAACGCACUUGGCCAAACGGGAGUGCUCACCGGGACCACAUCCUAUUCAUUUUUGGGGGAUCCCUCAAAAGGUGUUUACAUAUCAAUGUACUCUGACUGUUUGGAACGGCAACCCUGGAGAAAUUCCGAGUCGGGCUACAUCGCCAUCAUCAGGCUGACAACGGGGAGAGUUAGAAGAAUUUCCGAGAGCCACGGCCAAAGUGUACCGGCACCCACCUCGGGAUUUGACUGCCACGUGUCUCAAAACUUGGCCUUGGUGUCGCCCAAAACCAGCUCGCCCCUGGCAUUCAAGAGAACCCAAUGUUUCAUUUAUGAGCUGCUCGAUGAUGGAAGCAAUGGAACGGCGAAGUCUCCCAGCUUCACUUGCCCUUUUGGUAUUGUGGCAUUUAAAUACAGCAUCAAAGGAAAAGGAAGGAGAAAACGUUGGACUCCGUUGGCAAUAAAAGUGGACACACAACCUCGUGAUCUCAUCGCUUCUAAGAUUCUCAGAGUUCUGCCGGUCUUGGGCUAUGCAGGAGGUGAUGUUGAGAAAACAAACACUGACCCGAACAAAGGAGUGUACAAUGUCGUGACACACCCCUUACGGACUUACACAGUGCUGCUAAAUCCGGUGAUGCAACCAUGUCCUCCUGCGGGACCUGGGGUUCGGUACAUUGCUCUAUCAUCUCCUGAGCCAGUACAAGCCAGUCCUGUACAAAUGGGAUCAGAAAAACCGCCAAACUGUGAAAUGGAGUGUGUUAAGGAUGAAGUUGGUGUUACAGCUCCGCAAACUCUUGCCCCGAAUGAACCGCCAGUGCCGAACGAAGCGGAUGAUCCCGAACUAAAAAAACUCCCGACUCCUUCGACAUCCGAUGACGUUCCUUCCGAGCUGAUUGUGAGCAUUACAUCCGAGCAAUCUGUGCCUAAGAAGAGCUCAAUCAGUCCCGUGUCAACAAAGAAGCCUUUGUCCGACGAACACAAGAGGACUUUGGAAUGUCCAAAGAUAGCUAAUGUCACAAUAGAGCAACAAAAGUAUUCCACUAAAGGUCAGAAAAAGACAACUAAGGCAUUUAUUGAGACGCCUGCAUUGGAAAAAGUUCAGAUAGCAUCAGAAGACGAUACGCUUAAUAGUCAGAGUGACCAAAAAACGGAAUCAUCCAAUAAAUUGCACCAAAAUGCAACAUCAAAUAAAGAUCGUAAGACCUUCCCAGGACAUACUUUCGGCAAAUGUUCAUCAAGAAAUAAAAAAGUCAGACCUGUUACUGUCGAACGAGAGACAUCAGACGCGGAAGUACAGACAAUAGGGAGCACUGUAACGGACCGGGAAACGGAAUCAUCCAAUAAAUUGCACCAAAAUGCAACAUCAAAUAAAGAUCGUAAGACCUUCCCAGGACAUACUUUCGGCAAAUGUUCAUCAAGAAAUAAAAAAGUCAGACCUGUUACUGUCGAACGAGAGACAUCAGACGCGGAAGUACAGACAAUGGGGAGCACUGUAACGGACCGGGAAACUCCAAAAUGUGAGCGUUGGAACUUAAAGCCAGUCAUCAGCGAGUGUGGAAGAACCUUAGUCCCUCAUGGCUCAAGGAGGAAGGCUGCACAUAUGAUGAAGUCUUUACCGGAACAAAAUGUGUUCCGUAGUCGUCCUAACAAGGCAUCUGAUGCAGUUGGAGAGACAGAGCAGCAGUCCAUCACUCCCCCAGGAUCGGGAACAGGUGAGACUGAGGUGGUGGAAUCCAAGACCGUAGCCAAUUAUCCGGAAAACGUUAGUCCGGAGCAAAGCACUGUGCACGAUUCAGGCUACGGGGAAGAUGCUCUUCCAGCAGAAGACAUUCAGGAACGCAGUACUACCACUUCUUCUGAUCGGCUUGUCGAAGAAGUUGAACCAAAAUGCAUCCUGUCAAACAGAGCUCGCACAAAACACCACCUCAGUUUAAAUGUCACUACUGAAGAUCAAACUACUGAGACAGAGCUUCCUUUGAAGAAAAGCAAAAGUCACACCGAGGUAAACCCAAAUGUAGCUGACGAAGCGCCGUCUGCGACGAAGGACACCGACGUUCUGGAUACUCAAGAUUCGACGCAAGCGGCGACUAUCAAGCGUAGCCCUUCAUCAAUUUUCCCAAAGUGGAAGCAGUUUAAAAAGCUCAAAAAGCAGCAAGCCAUCUCUAAACUACACAUUAAAAAGAAAUGGCGGUUGCAUUUUCAAACCUCAUUGGAAGAAACUGGCAAACAGAGCGCUGGGGAGGACACUAUCUGCAAGAAGAACAUCUCUAACACAUCUACAGAUGCUUUGAACUUACUUGCUGAUCUGGCACUGGGGGCCACCAAUGAGCAAGUUCUUUCACAACCAGGCCAAGAACUAAUGAAUGACGAUGCUAAAGGUGUUGCUAGUACUGAUCAAGUGUCACUUCUUUAUGCUCUUCUCGGGAAGCCUGUCUUUAAGCCCACUCAGCCCCUUGAGUCACAAAGCGUUCUUGCGGAAGACAUGGACUUGGUCAGUUUGUUGCGUGAAGAACAUGCCUACUCUAUAUAUCAGUUUGUGCCCUUGGCUUUACCAGGCAAAGAAUUCCAGGUGUCUCCUUUGAGUGGUUCCACUGGACUGCUGCACCAUCACCAGACAAUGUGUAGUGGUCAAACACUACACUUGUCUGAUGAUCAAAGUGAAAACAGUCAGGUGACUUCAAAACAUGCAAGCAAAUGCAUGGCAAGGUUCCAACGUUAUCGCAGUUUUGUUGAGGAAAGUGGGUCUAUCAAAGUGACACGGCAGUGGCAAGAGAUGUAUGACUUCGGUGGAGACAGCAGGUUUUCAGUUGGGUUUAUGAACAGAAGCAUCAUACGAGCCUUACAUGGCCCGUGGGAUAUCUCUAUUCAAGACACCAACAAAGACAUACAGCUUGUUGUCCACAUGUGGAUUGGUCUCUUUUAUAGCCGCUCCACAGCGAGGUUCUUCGAUGUUGACUUGGAUCUUGAAAACUUGGAAGAAAUGGAUUGUUUGGAGACAAUGCCAGCCCAGUCUGACCUCAAGGAGAAUCCCUUUUUAUUACCACCAGGUGUGGUAGACACUGCAGAAUCUUCCAUUUCUAACUCUUUGGACCUCAGCCAGAAGGAGACCAAUUUGGAUCAAGAAUCUGAAAUUCUGGACUUGUCACUGAAGAACCCCAAUGUAGAGAGUCUUACUCCUGGACCAACAUUUGUGGAAUGCCAAACAACGAUUCUCCCCGCAGAAACUUUAAAUAAGUGCAAUGAUGUCAGCAGCGAGUGCAGUAGGACAAAUUUACAAGAAGAUAGCUACCUGAAAGACGAGGGUGAACCUUCUCUACAUGAAGAUGUAACUGACAAUCACCUACAAGCACAGCUGGAAAAUAAUGACAAUCACGAUGUUAUCAGAAUGGAUCAUGGGUUGCAUGAAUCCAACAGUGACAGGAUGGAUUUGGAAGGUGAAUUCGAAAAUUCAGGAGCCAAAGUAUUGAGUGUGGCGUUGAAACAUGGAGAAGAUUCACCUGGGGCAGAAAACGAGGUCGACAAAGAUGUGGUUAAUCCAGUGCCUCAAAUAGAAGAUGACAAAGAAUCGGAUACAUUCUGCAAAGACAGUAUUUUGGCGACUGAAAGACUGUUGCCAAGGGAUGAUCCUGAAGAUGUGCAGGUUGACAACCUCAAUGACAAAAGGGAUUAUUUUGUCAAGAACGAUAUCUUAAUUUCAACAAGUUUCAGUGUUCAACAGGGCAUUGACACAGUCCUCCCAACGUCAAACACAGAUGACAGACUCGGUGAGAUUAAGACAACCGACGUAGAACAUACUCUUGAUCAACCUUCAGAAACGAACAAGUACGCAUCUACCUUUCCGGCCGUAAGUGAUUGCACGAAAAACAAGAAUGCACAGCCAAUCCAGGCAGCAUCUACCUCACAAAGUCCGCAAUCCUCUGAAUCGUCAGAGGAUCCAGUGGCACUUCCGUUAAACAAUAAAUCAAAGGUGAAUCACUUAAUCACAGAAGACACGUCUGAUAUAAAUGUCCUGAUGGAGGUGGACGAAAUAUCUCAGAGAACCAGCAGAAUUGCGAUUGCAGAAAGUGCAAUAAUGAGCACGGACAUAACGCUUCAGUGCGGUCCGAGUGACUUCCAAAUGGACGAGAGGAAUGAUCCAAGGAACGAUCCAGGUGAUCCAUUCCAGUUCCUGGAUCCACUGAGGCAAGACAACGGGGAGAGCGUUCAGAACACCUUGAAAUCCAAUCAAACAAAAUACAGAUUCUAUAUACUAGAAAAAUCGGAGGAUUCCUUCUAUGCGGAAACAAAGUCCCAGCUAGAGUCAGAAGGACAUACAGCGGUGCAACUGUCCCGGUUCUUUCUCGCCGGUGAGGACAAGUCGCCUUUGCUCAUCGUUGUCAGGAAUGAGGACAUAGCAGCAAGCAUUUGCGAGGUUCCGCACCUCCUCGAGCUGAAGAAGUCGCUGGGUGUGCAGUUUGUCGGCAUCGACGAGCCGAGCGACGUGAUGAACCGUACCUAUCAGGAGCUUUUUGUCAACGGAGGCUUUGUGAUGUUUGACGGGGGAACGCUGGAAUCCCUCAGCCUCUACGACAUGAGAAGAUUCAUGGAGAUCUUGCAAGACCUUAACAAAACGGGGAAAUGGAAGUGGUUUUUGCACUACAGAGACAGCCGGCGAAUCAAAGAGAACGCGAGGUUCAGUACGGAUGCUGAGGAGAAGAAGCAUUUCUUAGGAUGGGCAGAAGAUGCAGGGCUAGCAACGGUCUUGCCUUACCACGAUUGCGAUAUCAAAUCAAGAGCUCACCCGGACUAUCUUGCAUGUCUGGUGCACUUGCAGGCCCAGAAUAUAUCAUACCGGUUUCCUGUCUUCAUAACUGACACAGGAGCCGGUGACUUUGAAGCGAGCGGGAUUUUGACGACCACGAUCGGGUCUUUUCUGAUGAGUUUUCGGUGAUAUGCUUACAGCCGUAGUCUUUUGUGCCACACAACUACACUAAUCCACCUCCGUUAAUACUGUUUAAGGUUUCAAGAGUUUUUCCCUUUAUGGACUGGGGGGAAAAAAAAUUGUUGCUGUCAUGUUUGUUCUUUCCGUUCCCGUGGUUCAUUUUUUGGAACCAAAGCAAUAACUCGUCAGUCAUACAAAAGUGCAGCUGCGUUUGAGCAAUUUAUAUAUAUAUAGAUUUAUUUUAAAUGAUUUGUUUCAAAAGUGUCAUGUUUUUAUUACUUUUUUUUUUGGUUGGUCAUUUAUUUAAAAUCAUUAGUAUAUACAUAAAAGAUUCUGUUUCCAUGAAAUGACAAAAUGUGCCUUCGGUGUAAUAAAGUUUUCCAUGCAAUGUAAA